CCUCAGCCCCGCACACUCGGCGGCCUUUCUCGCUUCGCUCGUCCCUCCCGCGCCAGCGCGACGCCUCGCCGCGAAAGCCCCGCGGGGAGGCUGCGCCUCGCGGACCCGCCCUCUCGGCCGCAGGGCGGCGUGACAGACCCCUCGUGAGGAAAGCGGAGGCGGCGCCAGCAGGAGCAGCCGCAGCUGUCGUCGUCGACGUCCCCCUGCUCCUCCUCGCCGUGGUCGACAGGGGCGCGCGCCGCUGGCGCCUCUUCCCCGCCCCGUCUCUGCCGUGAGGAGGGGUCGGGAGCAUCAGCCGCUGCCGGCCUCGGCCAUGGUCCCCCGCCCGUCGCCUUGGAAGCAGGAGGAAUUGGGGCGGCCGCCAUUACCGGAGGAGGAGGAGGAGGAGGAAGGGGCUGCGGGGCGGCGGCGAUGAAAGGAUGGACGCCGACGAGGUGACCAUCCGCGAGCAGAACUUCCACAGCCAAGUGCGGGAGUACACGAUCUGCUUUCUUCUGUUUGCUAUUCUGUAUAUUGUUUCCUACUUCAUUAUCAGAAGAUACAAGAGGAAAGCAGAUGAGCAAGAGGAUGAAGAUGCUAUUGUCAAUAGAAUAUCGCUGUUCUUGAGUACAUUUACUCUUGCUGUUUCAGCUGGUGCCGUUCUUCUUCUGCCUUUCUCAAUUAUCAGCAAUGAGAUCCUGCUCUCCUUCCCACAAAGCUACUAUAUUCAGUGGUUAAAUGGCUCUCUAAUUCAUGGUUUAUGGAACCUUGCUUCCCUCUUUUCCAAUCUUUGUUUGUUUGUACUGAUGCCAUUUGCUUUCUUCUUUCUGGAGUCAGAAGGCUUUGCUGGUUUAAAAAAGGGUAUCAAAGCACGCAUUCUGGAAACUCUUGUUAUGCUCAUUCUACUUGCACUGCUUAUCCUUGGAAUUGUGUGGGUUGCUUCAGCUCUCAUUGACAACGAUGCUGCGAGUAUGGAGUCUCUGUAUGAUCUUUGGGAAUUCUACCUCCCUUAUUUAUAUUCCUGCAUAUCACUGAUGGGGUGUUUAUUACUUCUGCUAUGCACGCCAGUGGGACUUUCACGAAUGUUUACAGUGAUGGGUCAGUUGCUUGUGAAGCCAACGAUCCUUGAAGACCUGGACGAACAGAUAUAUAUAAUCACUCUAGAAGAAGAAGCUAUCAUAAGAAGGCUAAAUGGGUUAACUUCUCCAGUGGAAUAUAACACAAAACAGUUGGAACAGGAACUGAAUAAUGUGAAGAACAUGAAGACAAAAUUGGAACGCCGGAAAAAGGCUUCUGCAUGGGAGCGGAAUCUUGUGUAUCCAGCUGUAAUGAUACUACUACUAAUUGAAACAGCAAUCUCUGUUCUCCUAGUUGCUUGCAAUAUUCUUCGCCUGUUGGUUGAUGAAACUGCAAUGCCGAAAGGGUCUCGGGGGCCUGGCAUAGGAAAUGCCUCUCUAUCCACAUUUGGUUUCGUGGGAGCAGCACUUGAGAUCAUUUUGAUUUUCUAUCUUAUGGUCUCCUCUGUCGUCGGCUUCUAUAGCUUACGCUUUUUUGGAAAUUUCACUCCCAGGAAGGAUGACACAACCAUGACAAAGAUAAUCGGGAACUGUGUUUCACUCUUAGUCCUCAGUUCAGCUUUGCCAGUUAUGUCGAGGACACUGGGCAUUACCAGGUUUGAUCUCUUGGGAGACUUUGGAAGGUUUAACUGGUUAGGAAACUUCUACAUUGUGCUGUCCUACAAUCUGCUUUUUGCCAUAAUGACAACCUUGUGUCUGGUUAGAAAGUUCACUUCUGCAGUUAGAGAAGAACUCCUCAAAGCACUAGGUUUAGAUAAGCUUCACCUCUCACACAACGCAAGAGACUCAGAGACGGCAAAGCCAUCUGUAAAUGGACAUCAGAAAACACUGUGAAAAGUUGUUGGUGAAUUGUGCCCUUCAACUUCAUGGCAUUCCUGUCACCUCAUCGUACUUGUUUUUGUAUGCUUUUCCUUGUUUGUAUAUUGGGUCCAAAUUGAUAACUCUGCACUUCAGACUGUUCUCUUUUGGAUUGGUCCAUGUGAAUUAUUUUGUCAGCCGUUCCUAAGAUAAAUAUUGGAACUUGAAAGCUGAAAAGAACACUGGAUUCCUCUUUGAGUAGACCAUCCCAUUGAUCUUUCGGUAUGCAAGGUGAAGAAUCUCCUGUGCAUAAAUACAUUCUGAAAAGAUGUGCCUGGGUAUUUGAGAUGAGCCCUGCUAGCUGGAAAUGGCAAUCCCACCACUGGAGGAUUCCAUUAUGAAAACUGACAACUUUCAUAAGCGUGAAGUUUAGAAACAGUACAUUGGUAUACCUACCCUACCGGUUUGCACCAUGGUUGUAUCUAAGAUACCGCCAGUUCUUAGUUCUAGAUGAUAAACUGCCCUGCAAGUAUUGCUCAGCACAACUUCCAUCACGACUCAUGAAUUACAGAUAGCUUAAUCUCACAUUGCAGUGCUAAACAUGAGCUUGGAAAAUUGAAAGACUUCUGACCAUUGCGUACAUAGCCAUGCAUAAUAUGGGUUGCGUUAACAAUGCAGCAGUCACCCACUUUACUAAAUAAUGUGCACAGAAAAUUCUGUUGAUCCUGUUCUGUAUGACAUAUCAUCCACAUGCAUAAUAACGAGAAAAGGAGGUAGUUGAUCAUAACUUUACAGGUGUGACUUUGAAAUGACUGCCCACACCUGGGCACAGGGCAUUUUGGAUCAUUGAAGUAAACCACUUUUUCAUUCUUUAUUUGUUCAUUAUAUAUAAAGCUGUGUCUUUUUUGUUCAUUUGAAAACAAGCAGUUGGCUAGCAGAUUACCCUGUCAGGUUUUUUUCAGAAUGAAAAUUUAGAUCCCCACUCCACACCCCAGGGAUUUAGGUAUAAUAUUGUUAGCAGAGCAUGCAACUUUCUGUGAUUUUGCCACACUUUUGAAGUUUAUAAAUUCAGUGUGAGAUAUAAAGCUGAAGGAAAUCAAAAUUGAGUUUGUUAGUUAACAUACUGUGAGUAGGUUGCAAACACCAGUGUGGCUCGUCACUGUGUAACUUUGGAUGCAGUGCCACUGGUUACUGCAUUAGUGAGUAUAUAGGUUUGCUCAAAUAAGAUUAACUGAAACUUUGUAAUGUCAAGCAUUUCACCUCAAAUGGAAAACAUCAGUAUUAUGUUAAUCUUGGUAAAUCCAAGGCCUCUAAUUUAAACUAGGUUUUGAUAUCCACAUAGCCUAGUGUGUUAUCCUGCUUUUUAAGAAAGAGCAAAAUGUUGCUAUUUUCAUUAUGAUUCAAAGCACAUUCCCCAUGUUUGAUUUCUGUGUGGAUUUCUCAGAUAUCAGAAAUGUUGCAUUCAGGGUUUACAUAAAUUCACACAAAAUUAAUUUUGCUUCAGAAAUUUGGAAGGCAAAGUUUUUAGUAAAUAGAUGAUAGCAGUUUUACUAAUGUAAGUGAUGUAUGACAAAACAUGCUACAUGGGAUAGAUUCUAGUUAUUGGAAUAAAUUGUAACUGACUGUUUGCCACUGUGGAAGUUAUAGGCAUAGUCAACUCUGUCUUCAAACAUGGAAACCUAUAUUUCAGUUGGAAAAGGCUGUAACCUUGAGAUGGAUUUGGAUGUCUUUUAUAUGGGUGAAAUUGGUUAACUAUACUUUUAAGCAAAUUAAUUGUUAUAUCCCACAGUAUCAGCAUGUUUUUAACUGAUCUGGCACCUUGACUCAAUACCAGUAAUGUGCCAACAGAAAAUGUAUAUCCUUGGUUAAAGUGAACUGAGACAACCAGUGGUCUGCUUCACACAACCAAUCCAGUCACAUGGCUUGAACAAUCCAAGCCAUGGUGGAAACCAGGGGACAUUUCAGCCCUCAACUGGGGGUUGCCAUGUCAUCUGAACCUGGCCUCUGUGGGUUAUGUGAGGCUUAAAUAACUCUUGCAAUAAGUCACAAUGGUUAGGAUUCAGCGAUGUGACAAUUCCUGGUCAGAGACUGAAUGGGCAAAUUACUGUCUGGCUUGUGCUGAAGCUUAAACAGCCCUUUCUUGGCUAGUUCGAUUGUGCAAACCACCUGUUGAUCAAGUUUGGACACACUGCAAUGAGUUCUGGUACCCACAAAUGCCACGUUGCAUAUGCAAACCACUUCUGUUAUAUUGCACAACGCUGGCUCACCUUUUUCUAACCCUAAAACAGGUCAUGAGUUAUGCCUAGGGUUGUUUAACUUGAGCUUCACCUGCACUUGUCAGGUUUUUAUGGCAUGAUAGCCCCUCAGCAGGGUUGCAUAAUCAAAAUGGCAGCCACAUAAGCCACAACCUUAGUGUGGAACAAACAACCAAUGUUUGGUUGUAAGGUCAUGUGAACAGGCCUAUUCUUGGAUCCAAGUAAAGCCAAAUUGUUCAAAGGAAUUUGACACUAUGGCUAACCAUACUGCAUUCAAGAAGACUGAGACAUUUGUUUCCUCUUGAAUUCAUUGCCAUGAUGACUGCAAAAAUGUGGGGAAAGAAUGGUUGAAGCCAUCCAAAUUUAUCCCAUGUUGCAAGUUGACUUUACAAAAAAUUGCAAUACCACAUCAAGAACCAUCAAUACAGAUUUGGAGGCUGCAAGAGGGAUGUUUGUUAUGGACUGAUUAAAUGAUCCCAUUUAGUUAAGGGGGAGCUAUGCAGGUGAGGAGAUGCUUUCCUUGGAUUGAUUUGCAGUAAGGGUACAUGAUAGGAUGGCUGAAUCCACAGUGUGCUAAGUCAUAAUGGCUUGUUGUGUUGUCUGAACCGUCAGAGUACGACAUUUCCAUGGCUUCUCAUGAGUGGAUCCAACCACAGAGAGGUUGCCCACUACCUCCCACUAUUGAAGAUUUUGCCUAGAUGGUAGUAUUUCUGGGAUCAGGAGUACUCUGCAGACUGUGUUGACAUCCCUUUAGAUAAAAACUGGGAAAUAUUAUUUUUGGUCCUAGCCAGCUAAGGAGAUAGGCGGUACCUGUCUUGAUCCUAUACAUCUUGUAUGCGUAUAGUGCCAGGGCAACUGACUAUUUCCUGCUGGUACAAAUAAAUACAAUCUCACUCGAGAGAGUAUAUUAAACCUAAGGUAUUGCACUCCCUCCCAAAAUAUGCACACAUGCAUGGAAAUGAAUAUGAGCCUGGGUGAGGGGAGGCAUGUGGUUUAAUACCUGUGUCCUCCAACUAGAAAUAGCAUAUGACUGUUUCCUUCCUUUGCCUUAUCCAUGGAAAAGUUAUUUCACUUCUCAGUGUAAACUAUUUUACACAUUAAGUUUGCUUUCACAUAUGUUAAACCCUUAUUCAUAAAUCAUUAAAAAUGUUAUAAGUUUAAAUGUGCUUUAAAUAGUAGUAAUUCAAUUCAUUGAUGGAUAUUGGCAACACAUUUCUAGUCAUUUGACUCAUGAAGAGUCAAGUGUCCUGUACCUUUCAAAGGUAGAAAUAGCUCUUCUUUGGACAUCAACCAUGCGCCUCAUUUAUUCAGAGGCUUAAGCACAAACAUGCUUGUCUUGUGUAAAUUAACUAUGUUACAAAUCAGACCAAAACUGUAUGUCAGUUAAGUCUCUCAAGUGAGCCAUUGAGUGGCUUUGUUUUCCAUUGGUUGAUAGCACAGCAUGUUAACACACCUCAGUAGAUUUGUUGUGCAAAGUCUGAGCACACUUUUGCUAUUCAAGGUUUUGAACGAAAUGCAAGUAAACAGAGGGUUAAUUCAGAAGUAGGUUUCACUUAGGACAAUUUUACAGAUUGUAAUGUUUAUCUUCACCCCUCUUUCUCCAGUAUCUUUUGCACAGUUGCCUGUUUUAAUUAAAGAAUUGACAAGAUGUUCUUGUAAAA